AUGUCCAAUUUAUCAAUCAGAACCAACGAAGCAGAAGAAACCCAUCCCUCAAGCACAACUUUAUCCAAUCACCACAUUCCAUCGACAUCCACAUCCACUACAACUUAUCAAACCCCAAACCCGACCAAUCCAAAAAAUGUUAAAUCACUCAAACUUAUUUCAUCAACAGAUCCAACCCAAUCCACCACUCAAACCAUCAUCUCAGGAGUCAAAAAAGCAUUCGAUACAGUCAUAAGUUAUCCGAUCUCAUCAUUUAUCAAUCCAAGUUCAUCUAUCAUUACGAAUCCAAAGCAAGAUGAAAUCGAAAUGAAACCAAACCAAGUUGAUCGAAGACCUAUUCCACCCCUCGAAUCUGAUCGGAAUCCUAGACCUUUAUCAACCAGUUCAUCAACCAGGACCUCUCGAAUACCCAACCCGACUCAUCUUCCUGAUCAUCCAACACUCACAGGCACAGGCACUUUAUUUCGAAGACCUUCAAUUUCUUCAUCAACUGCUUCUUCUUCUUCUUCUUCAUCAUCAACAUGGUGGAGGUUUUGGCGAAACUCUUCUUCUUCUUCUUCAUCAUCAUCAUCCGAUUCUACUACUUCUGAUACCCGACAAUACUCUGAAUUCACCUUGAUGACCCCUUCGUCUGACCUAUCUAGACCGAAAAGGAUUCCAAUUGAUUUCUUAAACCAUCAUACGACUAACCUUUUAUCCCAUGAUCUUACUUCUAAUUCUACACAGAUCCCGGGUUACGAUUCGUUUACUUCUUCUACUAUUAAUCCUGCUCUUCAACGGUUAUUGGCAUUUUGGAGGGACCGAAAUGAAUGUGAUUCAACAGAACUUGAAGGAAAUCCUAAACCUAUCAAUCUCCAGAUAGAUCUUACGAGUAACGAAGUAGAUGAAGAAGAAAGACUUUCUCCUUUGAUAAUCAAUCAUCCAGAAGAAGCAAAUCUCUCCCACGACAAAAUCCCCGCUCAUCCCAAAACGUCUAGAUGUUUACCAAAAAUCAAACGACAACCCCUAAGUGCUAUGCAUAAGUUAUGUUUCAAAGAAGGAGGAAGAUUAUCCAUACUAAAAGAUAGAGAUGAUUCAUUAAAACCUAAGACGAGCAGAUCGGCAUGGUGGUUAGAUAUCACGAAUCCGAAUGAACAAGAUAUGAAACAGGUUGGAAAAGUGUUUGGAAUCCAUCCUUUAACGAUUGAAGAUAUUUUACAAACAGAUGAUCGAGAGAAGAGUGAGAUGUUUGAUAAGUUGGGAUACUAUUUGAUUUCUUUCAGAGGUUUAGACGAAAGUAAUUUUCAGGAAGAGGUUAUUGAUGAUGAUGAUGAUCAUCAUCAAGAAGGUAUGGAAGAAAUUAGUGAGUCGGGCGGGAUUGGGGCAGGUGAGGAAUGGAGCGUUAAUCAUGCUAGUUUGAUGACUAUGAGGAGUUUGAGAAGUAGGAAGAUUAGAAGGAGUAGGAAAAGACUUCGUGUUAAGGAUGGAGCUAUUGGGGUUGGAGCGGUUAAUAUGUAUUUGAUUGUCUUUGGGGAUGGCAUCAUUUCGGUUCAUUUUGAAGAUUUACAAAAACAUAUUGAUCGAGUGAAAGAAAGAAUCCAAAGUUUUAGUGCACCAUCACACUACAUCUCACCGCAUUGGAUAGCCCAUGGAUUAAUGGAUUCGAUCAUCGAUUCAUUUUUUCCAAUCUUAUCAUAUGUAGAAAAAGAAUCCGAUGAAUUAGAUGAUUAUUUAUCAGACCCAUUACAAUCCAAACAAACCAGAUUAUCAACCAUGGAUCCUACCUUCAAUCGAUUUAAAAUGUUGGAUAGGAUCACUCAGAAUCGUAAGUUGGUAGUCAUGAUGACUAGAUUAUUGAAUCAGAAAGUUCAAGUCGUUGAAGGUUUGAGGAAAAGGAUGGGAGGAUCUGAUCAAGAAAGUGAAAUCCAUUUACAUUUUGGAGAUUUACAAGAUCAUAUCAUGGCCAUCUUUCAAACCUUAAAUUUCUAUGACACUUUAUUAUCCAAUGCACAUCUAACAUACCUAGGAAUCCUACGAAUCACCCUAGACCGAACCAAACUUUCACAAGACAUUCUGAUCAUUCGACUCUAUACACUUUCUUUGAUUGCUUAUCCAAUGUUAUCGGUCAUUGGAUUUCAUUCGAUGAACAUCAAUAUUCCCAAGAAUGGAGAUCGUGAUGAUCAUCUUAGAUCAGAUGGAUCCUCUUCUCCUUACUAUGUCUUUGGAAUCGUUCUGGUCAUUUGUUGUGUGGUGGGUCUUGGUAUGGGGUUGUUGGUUAGAGGCAUCUUUAGGAAAUCAGAGGAGGUUUAUAGAAGGAAAGUUGUGGAUCGUUGGAUUCUUAAGGCUUGAGAGAAGGGCGGUUUGGGGAAAUCUUAUCAGUCUGUUGUUGGUGGGUUUUUUCUUUGUCUUGGGUUUCCUUUUUUCUUGGAUCUUUAUACAUGGUUUUAAAUUGUAUUAUUUAUUUAUAGAAAAGCAAGAAAACAAAGCAUAAAAGAAAGUUUGUUUGGGUGAAUUCGGUUUGGGUUUCUUUUCCUUCUUUAGAAUCUUGUAUCCGUAUAACUUUAUUAGGGUCUUAUUUUUCUCUCUCUUUUGAUCACUUUAUUUAUUGUUUGGUUUUUUGGGUUGAAAGAGGAAAAAUUUUAAAUGGAAGAAGAACGUAUAGAUAUAAAGCAUAAAGCAUAAAACAAGACCUUCAUUUCUUUUUGAAUCAUCAUUUUUUCUGUCAUAAAUUGUAUCAGUUUUUUUUUCUUAUAUAUAUUUAUUAUCAAUCAAUGAUUUAUACAUACAUAUGAUGAAUUCUUUUCUUUUUUGAAUGUUUGUAAAUAAUACACUUAAAUUAUUCCUUGGGUUUCUUUUUAUUUUAUUGUCUUAGCAUUUUUUCAUUUUUCUUUUUUAGUCGUAAUUUAUUCUGAUUGAUUAUUUUUUUGAAC